CGAGACGCCAGCUACGUCACCCGCAGGUGCCAUCUGGAGAUCGUGGGCGACCUCGGAACCGCGCGCCUCCAACCACGACGAUGCAUCCGCACCUAGCAGAAGGCAUGCAGGUCAAUGGCGGGCCGCUGCUUACCGAGCGAUCUGAGGACUGCACGUGGACCAUUCAAAUACAUCAAUCGCGGAGAAGAGACCCUUUUUCCUCCGCAUCAAUACAUUUCUUAUCCUCGACGGCUUGCUCCUUGCUCUCCGCCACCACUACCGCAGGUAGCAGCAGGAGCAGCACAGCAUGAUCGACCGCCGCCACCAGCACGACCGCGCAGACGACUCGCGGCGGAAGAAGCACGGUGUGUUCAGCGGGUACUUCAUGCCCCCCGAGUACUUCCAGCACGUCGCUAUGGCGGUCUGCCCGCCCUCGGCGGCGACGAUGUACGGCCCGUUCUUCAGCUACCUGCUGGCAUUCGAUGGGUGGAGGCACUCGCUGCCGGUGGAGGACAAGAAGCGCGUGCCUUACGCACAAGUCGUGAAUCCUCCCCCGCUGUACGCCGUCCCCACGCCCUCCGACCUCCCUGAAGGCAUCUUCUUCCACACGCGCGCGGUGACGUUCGAGUCGGACGACCAGCUGCUUGACCGGGUCACCCACGCUGCGCUAUGGACCGAGAGCCCGAAGGACCUUCUAAGACGAGAUGAAAUCAUCGAGACCGUCUCAAGAUGGAGCGGCUUCUUCAUCGAUCCCGGGCAGAUUCGGUUUGGGUGUAUCAAGGACCUACUACCCAUGUACGAUCCCCAGGAUGGGACGAUCGGCUGGUGACACGAUUUGUUCAUCCCUCCCUUCUCGUAAAUUAUCGUGUCAUUUGACAUCCAAUGGCAAUGUGUGAUCAUUAAUCGAUGUCAAAGAGCCGCGCUAAGGAUUUAGUCGUCGGAGGGUGUGCAAGAAACUCAUGGCACAUCUGCUCUCGACUUGCAUAGCGCUGGGACUCGACGUUGAGUGUCUGACUUCCCCUAUUCCCGAAACCGGAGAAUGGAACCGAUCCGCUCUCCGUGCCAGGAUCUCCGACUGUGCCAUUCUCUGCUGCGCACGGGGCACCAAACGCGACGACAUCGCGGAUGGUUCUCAAGCUAGCAAGUAUCGAUGCGCCAAGUGAGCCACUGAUAUCAUUUGGGCUGCUGAUCAAGAUUCGAGAGGAUGGUGGGCGCGCAGACCAAGAGAUGUCUUGUGUCCUCCCGUGGCGCACAAUGCCGUUCCUGGCCCUGUGUUGCCCUCUGCUCUGCUCCGCCCUGACGUUCCACAUCACGAAACCGCAAAGAAUGGAGCGAGCGCACGGCUUGACCGGGGUGGCGACGGGCUCGCCGAUUGGAUCCGCGCGGGUCUUGGCGAUGCUCAUGCGCGCAAUCGACCGCUGAUCAACGACCCGGGGCAACGGCGUCUCUGCUCGGAGAAGUUAUCCAAACCACGUCCCGCAGGACCGACUCUGCCCAGUGUUGCCGCCGUGGUCGACGAAUUAGUGCUCGCUUUGCCCGCCUGCGACGGUGGUUGGUAGCAACAGGCUCCUCCGUGCGACUUCCGCGUCGGGAGGUGAUCAUGCGCGACGUCGUAUAAUUAUGAGGUUCUAUUACGGUCAGCUGA